AUGGCACAAGCCCUUCAAAAAGCUUCGGGGUCCUCCCUGGGAAAGCGCAAGCGUGAAGAAGAUAGUUCCUGUCCAAACCUAGUUUUUCCUCCAGUGCCGAUCUACAACAACGACUCGGUCAUCGAAGUCACCGUCGGCAGAAACAGGAAGAAGCGGACCUGGCGAGUUGCCGAGGGCCCUCUCACCUACUACUCCACGUACUUUCAGGGCGCUCUCAGGCCAGGGCACUUCAAGGAAGGCGAAGAGCGGAAGAUCCACUUGACUCACGACGAUCCGGACGUCUUCCAACUCUUCUUCUACUGGCUCUUCACGCAUCAACUAUGGGACAAGAGCCUGAGUCCCGGGAGCGUCCCCCUGGAUUGGGAUCUGCUCUGUAGAAUUUACGUCUUCGGCGAUGCACGCGGUAUACCAGCGCUUCGGAACACCGCCAUUGAUGCCCUUAUGGACAAAAUUGGCGUCGAAUGGGAGGUACUGCUCUCAACCCAAAGCCACUACAUCUACAAAAAUACGCUGGAGGGCUCUUUGCUGAGGAAGCUGGCCGUCGAUCAGGUCAUCAAGACACGCAAUGUGAAGGUCCUUCUCAAAGUUCCGUGCCACUGGGAAUUCUCGACUGAGGUGGCCGUGGAGAUGCAACGCGUCACCGGAAACCGCAAGAUUAUUGGCCAGGACGACUGGAAACUCAUCAACAAGUGUGAGUACCACGACCACACCGAGGUCACGUCGAUGAAGGGGUAG